AUGGCUCUCGAGCACGGUCAGACCAUGACUCCGCACCAUGUUCCUACUCCAUCAGAAACGCCUUUCGAGACCCCUGGACUGGGCCUCUCCCAACACUCCUCUCGCCAUGGAUCAACUUCUAAUUUCACGACACCGCUUGCGUUUCCUCCCGAGCACGACUCUUACUUCCCUCGCUCUCAAGUGGACAGAGACACAGUCUAUGUGGAGAAGAGAUCCUCGCGACGAUUUACAUCAGAUUUGGACAACUCUCUUAUCCAACAGAUUCAUACCUUGCGUCUUGAGCGUGACGAAAAGAAUGCUGCCGUGGAAAGGUUGGAAGAAACCUUUCACGAGAGUAAGACAGAGCAAGAAAGACUUAGUCAGGAGGUUGCAUCGCGAAAUGCAGAAACAAGAUCGGUGAAGAAGCAGAUGCAAUUACUUGAAAGCGGGACUUUAGCUGCGUUAGGAGAUAUAGCAAAAGAGAGGGAUGAUGCAAUGGGCGUCGCUGUUGAAACGCGGAAACGGCUGGAGGCAUCUAAUCAAAAGCUUCGCGCUCAGGAGGAAGACGCAGAAAGGGCACAAAACAUAAAAGACAAGGAACAGGAGGCAUGGUUGGAUGAUAAGCGUAACCUUGAGCGGAAAGUUCAUAUUUUAGAAAGUCGACUCAAAACAAUGGUCGCCGAAAUGGUUGCCGCAGAAUCGGCCUGGAUGGAGCAGUCGGGCGCAAAGGAAGACAACGAGAGCAUGCAAGAGGCGGCAGCCAAAGGAGAUACGUUCAGCGUACGCUCAAACAGUCGUGCUGAAUCAAGAAUAAGUGUCAGAAGCAAUGAGGAUUACCAGGAUUCGAAAGACCCACGAUUUCGUGCGCCAUCACGCUUGAGCGCUUUGCCUGAGUUAGGAGAGUCAACGAGUAGUUUGAGUCUGGCCGAUGAGCUUGGGGACAACGAUUCCGAGCAAGAUGAAGUCGACAAUCAGGACAGCGUACCACCAGACUCUCCUGAACGUCUUCCGGAAGAGGCCGAACAUCGCGCUCGCCGCUUCUCAGGAGACUAUAAAGCUCGGAAAAUGAUGGGUCUGCCUUUAGAAUAUAGUGAUGCCGCAGACAAGGCACUUGAUCAGCACGCUGCCGGGAUCGUCAAGGAUUAUGUGCGCCAUCCUGCAAGGGACAACAGCAUUGCCUACAAUGAUAUUGCGACGCAGUAUUCCCCACCACUUUCACCCAAACAUUCGAAGCAAGGUUCCUCUAGUACUGCACCGAAUGCGUCCGCUCAGCUAGAACAUGCAACAAGACCGAAGCGGGUUUCGAUUCCGUCGGUAUUCUUGGGGCAAACAACAGCGCCUGCCUUGGCGGCGCCAAAACUUGCUGUCACCAUCAAUGCUUCAUGCCAGACGGAAGAUCUGGAUCAAAGUGAUGCAGGUGCCUCAUCGUCUUCGGCUUUUCCUGCAGAAGUGUUCGAUAGCUCCACGCAAACUACCGAGCAGAAUGAGGAUUUGAAACUGAAUGCACUUAGCCGUGUUGAUCCUCUUUCGAUGGAUAUACCAUUUAUAACCAUUCAGCCGCCUGCUUCCAGGCCUUCCUCUUCUCACGCAAGCGUCAUGCUGCCUCCGCGAACGAAAAACGCAGGCUGCCAGGCUGAGUUAGACGUACCGCGUAGUGUUCGUUCCGUUUGCAUGCAAACGGAGGAGAUUCGGGUGGAUAAGCGGCCUCUUCGUUUGCCACCUCGACUAGCUUCAGUGUCUGCUUUGACACAACCAUCUCCCAGAUAUGCUGAUCGGCGCCAACAGCGAGGUGCACCCAGACUUGCGAAAGCUCCUAAACGAAAUCUCAAGAGUCCACCUCCGGUGCUACAACAUGAUCCACCGCCAGAGAGUCCGCCAAUAAGCAGUAUUCGAGAUUUCUAUCCUGGUCAAAAUGAUGACGGGCCUUUAAACGAGAAAAACCAGACAGGCCCUCGACGGCCGGUAAGGUCUGACAGCAUUUUUGCUGGCUUCUCGGACGAUGACUUGCUGGAGAAUGUUGAAGUCGAAAUAAGCGACGAUGAGAUCAACACCGCUCCACCCAUACGUAAAACAUUGUCAAAGGUCAAAGAUUCCUGGAAACUGGUGCCCCAAAAUCGGGUAACGGUGCUUGAUCGCCUGGAGUCCGCGUCUGAGACCGAAGCACAAGCGAAUGGUGGCGCUUCUCAGCUAUCAAAGGAAGAAGGGACGGUCGAAGGGACGGUCGCGGGGUCAUCUAAGACAUUCAAUCCUAAAUCUCCACCACCGGCCCCGUUGAAGCUUGCAGCGGCCAAGCAUCAUGGUGCUCGGAAAGCAGCCCCUCUGUCCACGGGGCCAGCGGACUACAGUCAACGGAAAAGAAGCCCGAGUGAACCAAGCGCCUCAAAUGCCCCUGCAGAAAUGCCUCCACCUCCGUUUCCAGUGCCUACCAGAUCAAGCUCUCGGAAGAUACCUAUUAGCGCUAGUGAAGGUGCAGGCAGUCCGACUCCCUACUCUACGAGCUUCUUCACAACGGGUCGCAAGAAUACGAAAAGGAAGCCUCCUGUCAAGCCGAAGAUUCUGCGGAAAACACAAUCUGCGGCUGCGGUAACACAUCCUACCCCUCCCACAGAGCUUCCGCCGCCUCUGCCCGCCUCGACAGCUUCAACAGCCUCCAAUCCGCCAAGCACACCUCCCCGUCGACCUCGGAAUCAAUUCAUACUUCCGUAUCCAAGUGAAGCUGAAGAGAAAAAACACAGCAUCGAUCCUGAAGUACCUCAGUCGCCACAGGAAGAUACCGGCGUCGAAUCUCAAAGUCAGCAUACGAGCGUGGUCGAUGCAAUCGCCCAGACGAUGGUUGGUGAAUGGAUGUGGAAAUAUGUUAGAAAGAGAAGCUCGUUCGGAAUUACGGAAAAUGCGCAGACAGAUUUUCAGAAUGGAAAGGUGGGUGAUUCUGGUGCGGUUGGGGGAGUGCGACAUAAGCGUUGGGUCUGGCUUGCACCAUAUGAACGUGCUGUAAUCUGGAGCGGCAAGCAACCGACAUCAGGGCCUGCCUUGUUGGGCAAGGGUGGAAGGAAGCGUAGGUCAAUGACUCAUUGUUGCUUGAUAAUGACUGACUUUCUGCCAGUUGCCAUCCAAUCUGUCUUAGAUGUGAAGGACGAAACCCCUCUUCCUAAGGGAUUUACACACGAACCAAUUUUCAAUCGGUCAAUACUCAUACUCACACCUGAUCGGGCUUUGAAGGUCACAGCAGUAACCAGAGAGCGUCACUACAUAUGGCUUACUGCGCUCUCUUACCUGAGUGCUUCAAGCCAAGGUAUGACGGAUUUCGAGACGCCCUCACCAGAGCAACAAGCCCAGUUACCAAGACCGCCUUCACAAGAGCCCGUCGUCAACGUUCGACGAGCACCCCAUCGCGAUUCUAUCCGAGUAUCUAAAUCAAAAGGCAGACCCUCAAUCGGGCCGCAUUCUUUCUCGUCGCCCACCGCGGAGGCUACUUACUCAAACGUCCCACAAAUUUCAUUUGACAGCAUUGAGCGCCCAUCUGAAGAGGCGGCCGAACCACCACAGAUUCCACGGAUUGCUGCACAUGCAAGAAAGCGGAGUAGCACUGGACCGCGAAUGAUACCUCUUAGUUCACUUGGCAAUUACCCAAAUAACGCCGCCGCAACCGCCUCGAGUAUUGAGUUCAACAUACCAACCACUCGCGACAGGUAUGAGAAAGGUCGACCUUUCUCAAGAGGUACCUCUAAUCCGGCCACAACGCACACCACCAUGACGCGUAGUACCACUGACACACACAUCAUUCCUAACGACUUCUUCGAUGCUGUUGGCACUGUCAGGAUGGAAGCUUUUGUGCAAGACAAAGAAAACCACCAGGCACCAAAAAGAAAGGCCAAAGAGCCACGAAGCUUCCGCACUCGACAGGGCAAGAAGAAAGACCUUUCUUACUGGGGCGUUACAGAAGGCAGUGCGGGGAGUGAGGGGAGGAGGAGCGAAGAUCCUUUCCGAGGAUUUUAA